AUUUGACACAACCACUUGACUCUGUCAGCUUAGGCAAUCGUGAAAAAUUAUCCCAGAGAAACACGCCGAAGAUGUUCGCCCGCGCCGCUAACGUUACCCGCACCGGUAUGACCAACCUGGUCCGGUACUCGCACUCGCACGGAGGAAUCCCUGGCGAGAACCUGCCGUUCAGCCUGACCAACCGGUACAAGCUGACCGCCAUGUUCAUCGUGUUCUUCGGUUCCGGACUGGGCGCUCCAUUCUUCAUCCUCAGACAUCAGCUGUUGAAGAAGUAAGAAGUAUCCGGUCGGUUUUUGGAAUGAUGGCCGCACAUACACACAAUCUGGCCCUCUCUUCAGCUGUUAGUGAGCUUGAACGAUAUGUUAUCCACCCCAAAAGGAUGAAGUAACGCAAUAAAAAAAAAAACAUCCAAA